UGGACUAGGGGGGGUUCUUCAGGCUAAUUUCCGUAGCAUUUCAGAAGCUAGUUCGAUGGGGAGGUUUCAGUGGUUGGAGGCUGCUCUUCCUUUGGGAAUCAUCGCCGGAUUGCUCUGUGUGAUGGGAAACGCGCAGUAUCAGAUCCACAAAGCUUAUUUUGGUCGACCUAAGCACAUUGGAAAUGACGUAUGGGAUGUGGCCAUGGAGAGGAGGGACAAUAAGCUGUUGGAGGAGGCCGCUGCGGCGGGGGAUUAGGUGAAUUCUCGAAGACAAUGUCAGAUACCUACUUCUGCAAAUGAUGAAUUACCAGGUCCUCUUUGUUAAAAGUAAUAUUUUCUCAGUUAUGUUAACUAGUUUUAAUUUAUAUUAUAAUUCACCAAAAUUUCAAAUUUCACCCCAAAACCUAAAUAAAACAAUGUUGUCUGGAUUCUGAGAGGGAUUUUUCUGGUCUUAUCUGUUAACGACAUUCCCAUCUUCUAGAGAUUAUCCUAAAAUAACUGGAUGAAAUGGACUGGGAUGCAAACAAUUUCAUAGCUUGUUUAUCUUUGCCGAGCGUUUUGUGAAAUGAAUAGCAGAUAUUCUGGAA